CAACAACGCUUGUGUACGAAAACACGAGUAUACUCGUGGUCAACAAUGUGUUAACGUAAAUUGGUCGAGAUAUAACUAAGUUGCCCGACCUUACGAGCAUCUUAUCGGUGGAAUUCCCGAAGAACGCGCCGAGCGCGCAAAACGCUCUGCGCAGCACGUGUACACGGCCGCUUCGAUUGUGUGCGUGGAAACUGCCGACAAGAAUGGCAGAUGAUAAACAUUGUAACACUGCUCCGGUACGUCGGCCAGAGCCAAUCAGUCUGAGUUAGUUGACACUCGCAGAAUCGUCGAACGUAAUCGCGCGUGACAUCAGCAAUAGCACGUUGUAACAAAAGCACGUAAUUUCUGUGUAGCGAGGCCGCCUGCGGCUGUUUUUUCUGCCUGCUCGCCUGCAUCGCAAGGAAAGGACCUUGUACAGGAUCGCUUCGCUGCUCUUUUUCUUCGUCGCCGUCACGAUUCCGUUGACACGGACAACACGUCGCACACAGUGCGAGAGUAAGCAGUGCUAAGUCCAAAAGCAUCUCCAGUUUCUCUCAAUGGAUGAAGCACAAUAUAUAAACCAAAUAUAUACAGUCAUGGAACAGUGCAAUGAUCCUGUUCCUACGGCCACUAUAGCGAUGAACGGCAAACAUGUUCAACAGUAUGUUCAGAUUUUAGAGCAGCCUACCAGUAAGUUUCGAUUUCGCUAUGAGUCUGAAGGCCCAGCUGGUAGCAUUCCUGGAGUCAACUAUACAUCAAGAAACAAAAUCUAUCCUAGUAUACGAAUUGUGGGCUGUAAAGGAUGUGCUAUGGUGCUUGUGUCCUGUGUGACAAAGGAUGCACCAUACAGACCUCACCCUCACAAUCUUAUCAACAAGAAAGUAUGCCAGCAGGGUGUUUGUACAGUAGAAGUUCCGGCAGGUAACAUGGUUGUGACUUUCUCGAAUCUAAGCAUUCAAUGUGUAACAAGAAUGGGCAUCAAAAAUGCUCUCAAAGAGCGUCAGGAAUUACGAGUGGACCCGUUUGGAACUGGCUUCAAACAUCCUAAUAAUAUAGAUCUCAGUGUGGUGAGAUUAUGUUUCCAAGUAUUCUUGGAAGGCUCGCAGAAAGGAAAAUUUAACAAACCAUUACAGCCUAUUGUGUCUGAUCCUAUUUAUAAUUCAAGGACCGUAAUGCCAGAUCUUGUAAUUUGUAAACUGAGUCAUUGUAGCGCAUCGGUUGCUGGUGGGCUGGAUAUGGUUUUACUUUGUGAUAAAGUUGUCAAGGAAGAUAUAAAAGUGAUAUUUUUCGAGAAGAGGGACGAAAAAUUGAUUUGGAAAGGAUUCGGUAAUGUCCAGUAUGUACAUAGACAAGUGGCUAUUGCAUUCAAAACACCAAAAUAUCACUCACGGGAAGUGGUAAUACGUCCGGUGCAGAUAUACAUCCAGCUGCAAAGGCCAUCGGAUAAUGCUACGAGCGAACCGCGACCGUUUCAGAUGUUACCUCUCGGUUCAGAUCAGUCUUUCUUCGAAGCCUAUUCACCCGACCGAUUAUUGCCAAUCGGCGGCCCCAGUACAAGUGCAGAGAGUUCUUUUCUAAGAUUAGAGAACUCAGAAUUCGGCCUGCAAACACUAAGACCUCGAGCAUCUCCAGAACGAACACCGUCUCCUAUGGACGUCGACUGGAGCAACUUCUGCACAUUAUCUCCCAUCCAGCAGCAGCAUCAAUCAAUUAUUCAUCCAAUGAUGCCGCAGCCAAACACACCGGCAACAACGCACCUGCAAUCAAUUGAAUACGUAUCAGAUCAGUCGCACCAGCUGGAACGAAACUUGACCAGAGUGACGCCGGAAAAUCGGGCAGUGGAGCUGGGAAACAUUUUUGGCUCUGCCGAAAUCUCGGACAUUUUAGACGAUUUCGAUGUGAAUGUUAAUUCAGCCGAUCUCACAGAUUUCGAAGCAAACCUGUCCGCAAAUCUCUCCGGAUUAUCCAUAUCUAUCUCUGUAUAAGUGAGCACACAAGUAUUUUACUUUAUAAAUUAUAUAUACGAUAGUGCACAAAUGUCGUUUAUGCAGCUGUGAAUUUUUAUAUUACAGUAAAGAUUAAUUUUUGCUGACUUUAACCCGAAGCGAGCAGUGAGCAAAGAGAGAAACAACAUGAUUGAGCGCAUCAGAAGGAUAAGCUAAGAGAUUCUUCGAACACUCAAACUUAAUCGAGAGAAUUACAACUGAAGACUCGAUUGAAUGACUUAUCUGUUACUGGCUAAUACUGGAUCAUAAAGAAGCUGCAGCCGGGAAGCUCAGAGUGUAGCUUCUUUAUCAAUACAUCACACGUGCUUUCUUCACCGCCUUCAGGAAUCAACUGCGCUAUUUCUCACAAAGAAUAAAUUCAGAGAAUAUUCCAAGUUUAAAUAAGAGCGUAUAAGAAAAAACGUACAUUUGCUUCGGCGCUCACUAUUUUAUAUCUCAUUUCAACGUAUUAAAUCCAUUUAUGCCUACUUUUUAUUUCAAAGAUGCAUAAACGAUAAUGGGCACAAAAAAGAGAAUCUUGUUGCUUGUGAUGUGAAACAGGAUUUAUCUAAUCAGACACAUGCAUAUUGCGGCCUUAUUAUCUACGCAAGAUGAAUUAUUCAAUGUGAAACUGAUAUUAGUGCGAGUUACAAUAUUUAUUUGUCGGCGUUACAGAUCGAGGCGUUGUCGUUUGAGAUAAAUUAUUGAGAUAACCGACUGUGAUCAAAGUUCAUGUUUUUAGCUUAUGUUUUUCGUGCGUAUGAUAUACUCUUUACGAGGAAUUGCAUUCCGCAAUAAUAAUCGUCGGUGAUUGUGUUCGAGUGUACUCUUUGUGAAGCGCGCGUUUGCAGGCUAACUGUAAAUCGUUAGAUUAAUGUAUAUGUAUGCAAUUUCUCACGUUUUUACGCAUGUAUCGUUACUUCACUUUUAUGCACCGUUAUGUUUUUAUAAAAUUAUACGUCUAUAUAUAACUAUACAUUUAUAAUAUGAAUAUUAUAUCUAUAAAUAACAGUAAGCGUGCAUUAAGAAGAUAGUGAAAUCAACACAAUGAAGAGUUUUAAUGAACGCUCCGGCCAGACGUUUCUUUUUACAUUUUGCAAGAGCUUCGUUUGAAGAUGAUAUUUACAGUUAGAGGGAAACAUGCAACUUCCUACUCUAUCGAACAAUUUUAUUAAUUUAAGUAAUAUAUACGCUAUAUGUUGUAGUCAUAGUACGACACUGUAAUGUAAAAUGUAUUUUUAUAAUUACCCCAGGUAAUUUAUUAUCGUAGUGUGAUGGAUAUAUUACAAAGAACAAUAUCUUACACCUAAGAACUGUACCUUAUAAUCUGCCAUAUGUGUAAAUAAAGUUGUUACAAAUACACAAGCGGUGUUUUGGCUUCAACAGUCUCACAUUUCGUAUAAAUCUUGCCACUUUAUUGUUGCUUUUAUACAGUAAUGUCAUGCGUAAAAAUAUCUUUGAUGUAAAUCAUCGUCACAGACAUCGUGUGGGAAUUAUAUGCGCAGUGAUGAAUUAAGAAGAUAGUAAAAUGAUACAUACGUGCAUUGUGUGAUCCUUACUGCGUCGAAUCGUUUUACGAUCACUUAAUAUGCUGUUUAAGAUACAACAAAAAGUGCAUAUUUACAGUUACAGCUGUAUAUUUACAUAACGUCGAUCGAUAAGCAGCGGUACUCCUCUUAUACUCUUAGCAUGAAAAAGUCGGCAGUGAACGCUCGGAUUAUCUCGUGUAAAAAUGUUGGCAUUUACAUAUACAUAUAUCCAGCUUUCGUAUAAUAUAUUACUUUACAAUCAUUCUCUCAGUGCAUAUACACCGUCCGCGUAUUGCACAAAUGUAUUCGCAUCGGGAUGACAAUACAUUAUGCAAGCAUACUGAUGUAACGUAUGAGCGGGGAGAGAAACAUUUCGCUUCACAAGACAAUGUGAAGAAUAAAAAAACAUCUUCAUGUUGUUUUCCAAAAUGUAUUUACUUAAAAAUACAAUGAAAGUUUUCUUUAGUUUUUUUUUUUUUUUUCUGAUGGAAUGGGCAGAAAUAUAUAGUCUGUGGUGUGUCGGUUACUGUUACGUUGAAAGAGAUGAUGCGAUGGUAUCCUGUACAAAAGUAGCUUGAACAAGGACUUAUGAACACACAAACCAAAUUCUUAGCCUAGGGUCUUCCUUUUAUGUUUAAUCGUGUGUGUGUAUGUGUGUGUGUGUGUAUGUAGAUGUGUGUCCGGUUCGUGUACGUGAGACAAGUGUCAUUACCAGAUUUCCUUCUUUUUUUUUUAUAUUUUUUUUAAUGUCUUAAACUUCUUUUAUGCUUACCUAACGAACGUAGGGAUGUAACGGUACGUGGGCGAUUCAGCCUGAUUGAUUGUAAGACCCGUUAGCACCAGUUAAGCGAAUUUUCCGAAUCGCGUCAAGUACUCGGGCGCGCGAAGUAGAGUACCGGGGGGGCGGUAGCUCUGCCGCAGGCUUGGCGCAAGUACAAAACGCAAGUGUCUUUUCACGAAUGUGUGUGUUGCCAACGGGGCUUGGCAAUUUGUAUUUCAAUAAAAUUAAAUGGACCUAUGCUUAUAAUAUGUAUAGUAUAUAAGUAUACUAUGAAACGCUAAAAGUACUGAUUUUGCUCAGGCACCUGUACUUUAAGAUAGUCCUUUGCCAAUUUGCCAAUCGUCAAGUUACUAUCUUGAAGCGGACACGUGUAAAAUACAGCAGCGGAUUGCGUAUAAAACCGUAGAUUAACAGAGACUGCCGGAGAUGGCUAUGAUCUUGCUACGCAUCACAUUGACAGGUCGAUCGGCUGUUGGACGCGUUACAUGUACACUAGUAAGAAGUAUUUCAAAUCUUUGUGUUUUAUAUAUUUUUUUUUCUCCCAUUCUCUGCACCGCCGAGUCGUCCGACGGCAAGGAGAUCUUUUGUAAGUAUCAAACGUUAUACGGGUCCAACCUCCAUCUCCUUGGUUUCCAUAUUAGCGGGAUUUUUUAGUCCGUGGGUAGAGCAGCUUUUACACUGCCGUCUCCUCGUGUUUUUUUUUUUUUUUUUUUUUAUAUAGAUGUUAAAACCCAUCACACUACUUACGAGAACGAAUUCAUUUUCUCUGAUCUAACUGCGUUUUAUUUAACUAUCUCAUUCGAAAAUAUUUGUACAUUAAAACGUGGGACAUCUUCUCGCAUUCAAAUUAUCGUUAUCUUUAUUUAAUUAUUAUGCUGCUAUGGUACAAUGGUAUAACCGCAAUGUCUCUUCACCCUUUUAUCUAACAGUCUCCCGAAAAUAAGUAGCGAUAUGGACAUGCCAAUCGCAAUGAUUCACAGACUCCAACACAAAGAGCCAAAUUUCCUAAUUUAAUCGUUCAAGUGUUCAGUGACACGUCAUCGUUAUAGAAAAUUAACGUCAACAUUAUAGAAAAUUAUUAAAAAUUCUCAGAUGCUUUGAUAAAUCUGAUGAAUGCAUGAUAAUUAAUAUUCCAAUUAUUAAACAUAUAUACCGUAGAUGUAUAUAUGAAAAAGAAAAAAAAAAUGUACAUUAUAGGAAAAACCUACAAUAAAUAAAUAUUGCCCCGAUUCAUUUUGCGACAGUCGAUGAAUCAUUGCUAUGAGUCCACAAUGAAGUGAAGAUAAA